CGCUGCAGCCGCCCGGGGAGCGACCGACGGACGGAGCCCGGCCAUGAACCCCAACUGCGCCCGCUGCGGCAAGAUCGUCUACCCCACCGAGAAGGUGAACUGCCUGGACAAGUUCUGGCAUAAAGCAUGUUUCCACUGCGAGACCUGCAAGAUGACCCUAAACAUGAAAAACUACAAGGGCUAUGAGAAGAAGCCGUAUUGCAAUGCACACUACCCGAAGCAGUCCUUCACCAUGGUGGCAGACACUCCGGAGAACCUGCGCCUAAAGCAGCAGAGCGAGCUUCAGAGCCAGAUUCGCUACAAGGAGGAUUUUGAGAAGAACAAAGGGAAGGGAUUCAGCGUGGUGGCUGACACCCCCGAGCUGCAGAGAAUCAAGAAGACUCAGGACCAGAUCAGCAACAUCAAGUACCAUGAAGAGUUUGAGAAGAGCAGGAUGGGCCCAAGUGGCGGCGAGGGUGGUGAGAUGGAACGCAGGAACUCCCAGGAUGGUGCCAACUACAGGAGACCUGUGGAACAGCAUCAGCCACCGCCUCAAGUCCAGCCCAGCAGUCCUGCCUACCAGCAGCAGCAGCCUCCAUCUCAGUCCUAUGGCUUCAAGGAGCCUGCAGCACCGGCCUCUACACAGCGUAAUGCCCCUUCUGGAGGAGGAGGAGGAGGAGGAGGAGGAAAGCGGUUCCGCGCAGUCUAUGACUACAACGCUGCUGACGAAGACGAGGUCUCCUUCCAGGAUGGGGACACCAUCGUUAACGUGCAGCAGAUCGACGAUGGCUGGAUGUACGGCACGGUCGAGCGCACGGGGGACACCGGCAUGCUCCCUGCCAACUACGUGGAGGCCAUCUAAGCCGUGGGCGAGGGGGCGUGGAGUAACACCCGAAGCACCCAGCCCACCCGAGGCUCCCUGUCAUGUCUCUCUCGCCCAGCAUCCCUUCUCUGCCGCGUUCUGCCAUUACUCCAUCAGAGCUGCACCCCUGGCCCAUCAGUACUCUGCAGCGGGCUCUGGUUUCUCUUGCCAAUUUAGCUUUGUUUUGUAGCUAUUAUAGCUCUGUUGGGACUAGGUGGGAAACCUGUCCAGGGGCCGCUCGGGCUGGCCCCAACAUUGCAGCUUUCCUCCUCGAAUCUCUUCGCCCUUCACCCCCAUCUUUCUGAAGGGGUGGGGGCCUAGCUACCAGGCGCAUGCCCUGCAUCCCCAGGGAAUAUGAGGGAAGCAACUGGAAUUGCUGUGAUCCUGAGCUAAGAAAGGAUCCCAGCUGACCCGUCUGAUAGGACCAAACCCAUUCACCUCUGCUGGGGACCAAGCCAGGCAGCUGGAGGGGCAGCAAGGGACAAAUGACUAGGGGGUGUCCCCUUUAAUAGCAAGUUGGGGGAGGGGGGUUAGUGGGGAUCCCCUUCUCUAGAGCCAUGAGUACCUCCCAACUGGAGGGAGGGCUUAGCUGGCACCAGGGAUCUUGCAUUGGGCCAUCCCCAGUCGCCUCUCCCACCUCAUCGCCACUGUUAGACUGAAUGGAAACAUUUCUCUCUCUCUCUCUCUCUCCCCUCCACUUCCCAUUUUUUCACAAACUUAAACAAAAAAUAUUAGUUCCAAAGAAUCUAAGAUCAAUCAAUUUUUAACCUUUUUUUUUUAAAUCUUUUUUCGCUCUGUUCCUCUAGCGUUUUCCUUGACUUUUGGGCUGUGUCACUGCCUGCAGAGGUGCUGGGAUCCCCAGGGUCUGAGGGGGACAGAGGCAGAAGCAGCAGGCAGUGGGGCUUUGGGGCUGUGGUCCUUCGAACAGGGUAGGGCUCUCAAAAGCAGCAUCGCACAGGCCUGGCCAUACCAUUUGAGCUACGCUGGAUUGGGCCAUUUCAUCUCUACGCUCUGUGGGGUGAUUGCUGCCGCACUGGGAGUGAGGAGUAGCCCAUGGGCUGCUUAUGCUUGAGGCUGGAUGAGCUGCUUGUGUUUAAGAGCUAUGGGGAGGGGCAGAGGGCCUGCCUCCCCCAUGGUCAUCCAGGAGUCCCCAUGGGGGGUGCGGAGGAAAGCGAUACCCAGAACCCCCUCUAGAACCAAAUACCAUUCCAGUAGAGGGGAAGGGCUCAUGUGCCUUCCAAUCAGCUUCUACAUUUUGCAGCAGCAAAUUCCUUUUGAUCUCUUGCAUAGAAGGGUUAUGUCUCACCUCACUCAGCAGCUUUCAGCCAGGGUCACUGCUCGCUGUCCCAUCCCCGCUGCUGGAUAAACUCGCUGUCUGCGUGGCCAUGUGGAGCAGGGUCUGGGGCGUGGUUCCUAGUCUCUAGUGCCCCCCUCACCACCCCCUGCCCCUAUGGCUGUUUGGAGCCACUGACUGCUCAGUCUAGCUCUGCUUUCAUCCUAUGUCCAUGAAUGAACUGAGCCGACCAUUGGAGAAAUUCCGCCCCAUGAUUGGCUGGCGGAGAUGUCGUGAAAAAGGCAUGAGGUGCCUUGGGGUUUUUUGGGGGGCAAAGACCAGGGACUGGCUCUACCAAGUUCCGGUUAGUUUCUGCUUUACACUGGCAUGUGCCUUGCUCAGCGGGAGCCACUACUGGGACUGUGGUUCUGGAGAGCAGGGUGGGGGCAGGGAGGUAGAACAAACCUCCUCACACAACAGUCAGCCAACCCUCAGCUGGAAGGAGGAGAGGGAGCCAGACUGUUCCAUCCGUGCCUUUCCCAGGGGCAGCAGGGCCAGGCCUAGUUCCAAUUCCAUUCCAGUUUGAGCUGGGAUGUUUACAGCCUUCUCUGCGCGGAGGGGAAGGUCAGUGGCAAAGGGACCAGGAAGGGCAGUGAACAGAUACAUUCCGCCCCCACCUUCUCUGCAUUCUCGCUGGGUCCAGGCUGGUGGUAGACGUUCCAGGCUGCUGCUGGCUUGGAUCGCAUCAGGGACCAAAACUUCAAAGCACAUCCCCAACCCAACCCAAUGUUUUGGGCCCAGGGGCCACUAUAACUGGAAAUCUGUAUGCAGGGAAGAUGGGGCUAUGUUGUCCUUGGUGAAGGAAGUUGGGCAUUGAGAAUAGCUAGCUGCGAAUCCUCCCACAUUUCCCCAGUGGAUCAACUCUGCUGCCCUCUCUGCCUUGGCAUGCUGAGACCCCCACUCCCUGGUGCCUUUCUCCCUCUCAACUGGAAUUCCAUGUAGCAUGACUGCCCUCAUUAUCCCAGGGGAGUCUGACCUGAUGGUGCAUUACAGGGGAGGCUCUCUACGGUGCAUCCAGUGAGGGGGUCUGUAAGUUCUCAGCAGACAGGCCUGGCUAAAUGUUUUGUAAUUUUUAACUGAGUUUUGCUAUCUGGCUUUAAGAGGCAAUGUGGGGACUAAGCUGAGCAGCAUGUCAGUUUCAAGAGUCUCUCUGAUGGGUGCCCCCUUCUCACUGAGCACACUGGAGACCUCUGCUUGAUCCCACUGCACUGUUCCGGGUUUACCCCUCCGUACACUUCCACUUCUGCUCCGUACACUCUUACCUUGGUGCUGCCCUUUCGGGGGAAGGGAGAAACAGGCUGCUAGGUUUUUAAAAUGGGGAAGCCACCCCUGAAAUAUGGAAGAGGACUCCACACACGGCCUCUCCUCUUUCUCAAGUGCUCAUUGUUUCACUUCCAGAAGCACAAUGGAGAUGCAGAACCGUGCCUAAGGGACCCUGAAUUGAAGGUGAAAUGUUUGAGUGAGAGGGCCUAAGGGGUGGGUAGCAGCGAGACCUGAAACCUGUUACUUCCUAGUCUCUCUCUGGUAGUUGCUAUAGCGCUGAAGCUUGUAUGGGCAAGAGGGUCUCUGGUCUCCUGUCCCCAGAUCAAUGUACUGUACUAAAAGGGUUGAUGAGCUGUUCCAUCCCACUGGACGAGCCAGCUAGCAGCAGGGCUGGGGAUAAUGGUGAACCUUCUGUUUUUUAACCAGCUUUCCUGUUCCUCUAAGGGCUUGUGGGAGACUUGGGAGGGGCGUGGGUGAAAGGAGAUGCAAUCAGCCUUGGGCAGAGCAUAGAAGUGACAGCGAUGGGCUGUAGGGAAUUGAAAUCCUUGGUGGUGCUGAAACGUGUGAGCACAAGACCUGGGGGAAUGGAGAGGUGCACAUUCCUGAUCACUAAUACUCUGUUCUUAGAGCCAGUUGUCUGGGGAGGGGGGAAGUAACAAUGUGAAUAAACCUUUUUUAAUGGACCAAAUAAAAACACAGGAAACUAAGUUUUUGGCCUAAAACUUUUUUAAUGCUACCUUGACACUGUUGUCCCUAUCCUCCCCUUCCCCUGCCUCUCCCCCCCCCUUUUUUUUCCUUCUGCCAUGGAAAACAGACAUCUUACUGCUUGAUUUCUGCCUUCUCUCUGACUUAUGCACUUUUUUGCCUUUUUUUCAUAGCUGAAAAAGCACCUAAACCUGUAUUUAAAAUAAAUAAGUAAAAUCUUUAAAAAAAAAAAAAAAAAGAUAAAAGCUAAAUUUGCAUCAUUGUAACCAUUUCAUUCAUGUGUUUUUGUUUUUAAACAAACAAGUCUUACAUCUUAGCUUUCCAAGUUGCAUUUCAGUGCCGGGUUUAGAUCUUUUUUUUUUUUAAUUAUUAUUGGUGGGUUUUUUUUGUCUGUAUAUUUCUUCCGAUGGGCCUGAACGCCCCCCCAGAGAAUGAAAUUUAUUUGGCCUUUUUAACUGAACCAUUCAAUGGAACAAACCAACAAAUCCUCUUCUGGGUUUAUUCAAAUUUAAAAUAAAAAUAUAAUUUUUACCUGCUG